AAUAUCUGCAGGAGAGAGAGUGGAGGGAGAAAUAGCUGUUCUCUGGCUGCUUACAGGUUGUGGGACUUCUUCAGUUCUGCGUUCAAGAAAAGUAUUGAAGCAUCGGGUUAGGAGUUAGCAGCUGGAGAAGUAUGCAUCGUGCUUUUGCUCUUGGUCGGAAUCAACCCUUGAAAAAAGAGAAACCGAAAUGGAAAAGUGAUUACCCCAUGACAGACGGACAGUUGCGCAGUAAGAGAGACGAGUUUUGGGACACGGCACCAGCUUUCGAAGGCCGCAAGGAGAUUUGGGAUGCCCUCAAGGCUGCUGCACACGCUUUCGAGAGCAAUGAUCAUGAACUGGCGCAAGCAAUCAUUGAUGGUGCAAACAUAACACUACCACAUGGUGCUCUUACGGAGUGUUACGAUGAACUGGGCAACCGGUACCAGCUCCCCGUCUACUGCCUCGCUCCCCCCAUCAACAUGAUCGAGGAGAAGGGCGACCUGGAGACUCUGGAUAUCCCUGACCCGCCGCCUAACUCGGGGCACGAAUGCCAGCUUCGUUUGCGCCUGUCCACAGGCAAAGACCUCAAACUGAUGGUCCGCAGCAUGGACACGGUGUACCACAUGAAGAGGCGGCUGCAUGCGGUGGAGGGAGUGGAGCCUGGCAGCCAGCGCUGGUUCUUCUCGGGCAGGCCGCUCGCAGACAAAAUGAAACUGGAGGAGCUGAAAAUCCCAAAGGACUACGUGGUGCAAGUCAUCGUGAGCCAGCCCUUAGCGAACCCAACCCCGGUGGAAAACUGAUUUCUGCUUGUUUAUUGAUUCUUCUUUCCUCCGUCUCUGUCAUGGGAUUGGUUUUCACUGCCCUCUCUUCUUUCGGUUUGUCCUGCUAAUGGAUUGGUUCCAAGAAAUGACCAGCAAAAAUUCCAUCUGUGAUGGAGAUCUGCAAAAACAAAACAUAAAAAUGUAAACUGGCCUUUGGGGUUUGCCUGAUCUCGUAUUUAACACAACAGCAAGCAGCACAGGGCAAGGGCAAAGAAAGGAGUGGGGAGGGGAAGGGAAAAGGUGGGACACGCAAAGAGGGUGGGAAGAGGUGGUCUUUCACUUAAACAAUACAAAUAUGUAAUGAUUCUUAAAACUGUAAGUGGUGUCCUGAUCUACAGAGCAGGAGUAAGAGAGCACUUUUAUUAAAAAAAAAUAAAUAUGAAAAUCAAUAUUUCAUAUCAGCACCACCUGCAGUUCAUGCAAGACUUGCAGCUGCUCUGAGUAGGAGCUGUGCUGUGUGUCCAUGGGGAUCGUGUGUGGUUUGACCUAACUUGUAUGCUUCAUCCGGGUGCUGCCGAGGCACCGCGAGCCCUGGGCGGAGGACCUGGGCUGGGGGCUCGGUCCCUGCCCCACGUGGGUGGCUCCUGGUGAUGCUCAGACCAAGCAAUUGUACAUUCCAAGGUGGCAACGCAGUCCUGUGCCAUUGCUGGCUCCAGCGCUGGGGACGCAGCCUGCUGGAGCCUUAGGCAAUAACUUCGUAAAUGUAUAAUUUCGUGUACUGUACUGUAAACACGCUACAAGACUGACUUAGCCUGAAGUUUACAGGCUGACUGGCACCUGAGUACGUGCCUGCUGAAUUACUGUAUGUCACUCAGAUCAUUAAAACAAGCAUUGAACAAGCUA